GAUCACAGGAAACAGCGUAUUUAGGGAAACAGACAACAGAGUGAGCUGUGCUCUGCAAAUGAACCUGCAACAGCAUGUCUUCAGAAUCACAGUGAAAUCGUAACCAUGGAUGUGGACUCCGCUUUCCUCAAAUCCAGGAGGGGGCUGGUGAAAGUGGCAGAGAUGGUGACUCUAUUUGUAGCAUUUGUGUGUUUCACAGCUGGGUCCAGACCAAAGUUCAUUGCAGCCACGGUGUUGGAGUUUCUCAUCACUUCUUUUCUGCUGCUUCUCUAUGUGCUCAAACUCAACAAGAGGCUGACAUACUUCUUCUGGCCUCUUAUUGAUAUUUUCAAUUCGGUCUUUGCAUCGGUCUACUUGACUGUCUUGAGUUUGAUGGCUUUGAUUACGUACAAUGUCCCAGGCACGCUGGUUGGAGGGAUAGUGACUUUCAUGUCAGCGGGGCUGCUGUUUGUGGACAUCUACACUCUUUUCAAGCUCAUCACAUUCAACAAGCGGAGGAAUGAAACCCAGCAACAAGCCAACGAAUCUUAAUUGCAGUAAAUUAUGUAAUCUAACGCACCAAUUUCUCCAUUUUCCGACCAAUUGUACCACGUGACUGGAAUGUGCAGGCUGCACUGUGUGUUUAAAAAAAAAAAAGUUUUGUGUAUAUUAAAGUCAGCAAGUCAGGUUAAUGCUGCCACAUAUUGGUGAGUUUUUGAAAUUAGGAUUUUCUUACUGAGGAAAAUAUCCACCAAUAAAGAUUUUCCCUUUGC